AUGGCUGUCGCAUCCCGAGACAUGGAUGGGAAACCCCAGCCUAUUGUCCGAGACAUCGAUGCCGAGGCGCAGGCCGAACAACCAGCAGCUCCCGAUCAAUUCGACGAGAGCUACCGGACCACGCGAUCAGAGAUCUGGGCUUACUACGCCUAUUACAUAGGAAACAAUGGCCUCUCAUUGUUCAAUUUUGCGCCAACUGCGUUUCAGAAUCUCUUAUCACAAGCAGCGAACGAGGACGGACUGCUCCUCUUCGCCGGCCGACUCCGCUCAGUGGAGAGCAUCGUCCUCCUCUGCAACGGCAUCUCCUUCGCCAUCCAAGUCCUCGUCUUCCUAGUCAUCGGCAGCUUCGCGGACUUCGGCACCUGGCGCCCGAAUAUCCUGAUCGGAUUAUCGCUCGUCGCAUACGGCAUUGGUUUCGGCUGGCUAGGCGUUCACGAUGCGGAGAAAUGGCAUGUCGCCGUGGGCCUGUAUAUCGUUGGUCUGAUCGCCUACCAGACAACCCUAACGUUCUGGACGGCCGCGUUCCCCGGUCUUGCGCGCAACACGCUCGAAAUGAAGCAGAAGGCGGACGAGUACCAAGCUAGUAGUAUCACGCGUGAAGAGUACGAUUUUGCGGACACCAUGAAGCGCAGCCAGCUUGCGAACAUCGCGUUCUAUGUCCAGUCUGUUGCGGAGAUCUUUAUCCUCGCUGUUAUUGUCGGCAUUAUGUUUGGCCUUAGGGUUGAUGAUAGCCAGGCGAAUAACAACUGGGGGCUUAGUGUCCUGAUUGCGUUUGCGAGUGGUGUCUGGCUGCUUGUUUCGCUGCCUUGGUUCUUCCUGGAGAAGAGACGGCCCGGUCAGGAUACCGGGGGCAGGAGUAUCUUUCUGGCUGGGUUGCGGCAGAUCUACGUGGCUGCGAGGCAGAUCUGGAAGCUUAAGCAGAGCUUGCUCUAUCUUGUUGGAUACUUCCUCCUCGGCGACUCCCUAAACACCACCGUAACCGUCAUCUCAACCCUCCAAAACAGCAUCGUCGCCUACAACACCCUCCAGCUCACCUACCUGCUAAUCGUCGGCAUCGCCGCCCAAGCAGUGGGCAUCUACGCCUUCUGGACCCUGCAAACGCGCCUCUCCCUCUCCCCGCUAACCCUCUUCCACGCAAUCGCCGUCUCCAUAAUCAUCCUCGACCUCUGGGGCAUGAUAGGCAUCUUCACCCGCCACUUCGGCUUCCACAACACCUGGGAGAUCUGGGCGUACCAAGCAUACUACGGGCUCUUCGUGUGCCCGUGGUACAGCUACAGCCAGAUCAUGAUUUCCGAGGUCACGCCGCGCGGCCACGAGUUCCUUUUCUUCUCGCUGUUUAGUAUCGUGGGCAAGACGAGUAGCUUUAUUGGCCCGCUUGUGAGCAGUGCGAUUAUCGAUGCGAGUCCCUCGGGGAAUGCGAGUCUGCCGUUCUAUUUUUUGCUUGGCGUUAGUGUGCUUGCUGCCGGGGGGUUGGCGCUUUUCUUGGAUUUGGGGAGGAGUAAGAGGGAGCAGGAGGUUUUCUUGGAGGAGAAGAAGCUGGGGGUUGUAGAUAGGGCUUAG